AUGUCGCAGUUCAAAGCCCUCAACAUCGAAUCCGACGUCGAGUCUGACGAGGAAAUCGACGACACCAAGGAAAUCCAGAUCGAGGAGGCCCUCAAGCUGUACCAGACCGCCCUGAAGCUGCACUCCGAAGGUCCCUCGUCCUUCGACGCCGCCGCGCACGCCUACAAGGCCCUCUUCGAAUCGGACAUCUUCAAGUACCCCGAAUCGCUGUCGGAAUACCGCCGCAUUGAAGUCCACGGCGAAAUCGACUACGAUGCGCUCUUAUACCAGGAGGACUACGACGCAGGCCCUGUACAACUGGUUGGUGCUACCGACAGCGCUCCCAAUACUCUGCCCCAGAUUCUCCAUCUUUCGUACAAGAACCAUGGCCAGUUCAUACUGGAACUGCUCAAACACCGACUCGAGGAACACCACACGCGCGCCGAAAACACAUUCUCGUCCUUAGGUCCGGCAGAAGCAGCGGCUAUUGCAGAGGGGCCGCUGAGUUAUUUUGCGGAGGCGCUGGACAAGGAUGAUACCGACCUUGAUCUGUGGUCGCGUUCGUCCUCGGUAGCAGCGUUAGCAGGCAGUGAUAGAAUCGCCCGUUUCUGUCUGGAGGCUGUCUUGGAAGGUGAUGAUGAGGGUCUGGGCAGUAUACUGCGUAUUCCCGGAUUGGAGGAGGGCUUUGCGGGAGUUCAGCUGCGGGAACUGGUCCAGACUUUGCAAGAUGACCUGUCGCUAUCACAGGCGCCUUUGUCCAGCCUUGGGCGGAAAAGGUUAUCGGCAGCCCUCAGGAAACGACUGGCACCAUAUUCUUUCGCUCCCCUGCCCGCAGAAGUUAAUAGGCGCCAGAAUUUACAAUCCACCCUCAAUCGGCCACCUGUUCUCUUGUCAUUGACUCCUGGCAAAUUUGAUUGGGCGCAUGUCGGCGACUCGAUUCUCAAUGAGUACCUGCAAGGUCCGCAGAGACUUGUCGGCCCAGCUGCCGGACUUUCUGUUCUUCUCAAUCUUCCUCACUUCCCGGCCGCCGAGGAAACGUUGAGUUCUGGAAAUGAGAUAGUACCUUCCGAAUCCCAACCGGUCAGCCAACCUGAUGAUGCUCAGGUAGAUGGGCAGCCCACAGCAGCGACUACGGAAGUGGCUGGGGACACCGAGAUGAAAGAUGGCGCGGAACAAGAGGGUGCAGCCGAUGGUGAAACUAACACCCCCGAUCAGCCGGACCAGCCGGCCAUGACAAGGAAGAGAUCAACCGAAUCGGCGGGACUUCCUGAAGCCGCAGAAGGUGGUCGCGGAAGAAGCAAGCGUAUCCGAGCUCGUGAAUCCAUCGGCGAGGGGGCGUUAGGUGUUAAUGGCACUAGCGCGGACACGUCUAAGCAACAGGGGGAUUCUGAGUCCAACCAGUUCGAACAAGCUGAUGACUGGUUGUAUGAGAUUGUUGGUGACAUGCUUGCAAAGCUUGGCGUCAGUGGACUGGGUUCUCCAAAGACUUUGAGGAGCAUUCUGAAGGACAGCAGGACAAGUGUCAACCAGCCAAGCCUCGAUCUGGCUUCAAAAGAUUUGUUUGCCUUCCUUCAGACGUGUUCACCGCAGGCAGUAGCUAUCCUCUUGACAGGCGACUCCAUCGACUCUUUGGGCGGCAGUACGCGCGAGGCAGGCCUGGCUGCCUUCCUUGGCUACGCAAAAUCUUCAGGAUCACAAGGCUCGAACAAGCCAAUUCUCGACGACGAAGGUCUCUUGGACUGGUCACAGGAGCACAAAGGGAAAAGCCUCUCUAGUAAGGAAUUCCUUUGGUUAUGGCUCGAACGCAUGCUUAGGCCGUGUGCUUCUUCCACAAACGCGAUGCAACAAUCAGGCUACAUGCGUCACCAAUGGUCCGACGGCCUCAAGCGGACAGUAGUUCAAACUAUCGUCAACGCAGACGACUUCAUUUUCGAACGUUUGCUUCAAGAAGCGUCCGACCUGGAUGCGCGGAUUCUGCAAAGUGAAGUUUCCGGAAAAUUACCAGAAUUGUCUGACGAAGAUCUCUCGUUGGUCGAGAUGAUCCAGACAAUAUUUGAGCUACAUUUAGAUGUCUACUCUCUAAUCAAGCAUCCUGGUAGCAGUGUGGAUGAAGCCACACAAAUCUUACAAAACGAGCGCCUAGAACGAUGGGCUGGGCUCACUCGGGACGUGAUCAGCUACCGGGUCAGGCGCAAGCAAAAGAAGACUCUCGAAGAGCUUGAAUUCAGGUACUUGUGGGCAACAACAUUCCACCUCACUGUCUCUGAUGGCGUCGAGCAAGACUAUGUUGUCCUCUGUCUCGAAGAGCUAAAGGCUCUCGCCGGUCUCAUGCCCGGUCCCACUAUCAACAUCCAAAAUAAUGCUGUCAUGUCCGAGCUUUCCGUCGCGGCAGCUGAACGUGAACUCAUGAAAAUCAACAUGAAGGAUUGUUUCAUGAAGGUUUUCCAGCACGAUGAGAAGGACCCGGUGGCAGUUAUUGAAAACUUGGAGCCAAUAUUGGAGUCGUCUAAUGUGGCGCCACCAGAGACUCAGGCAGAGCCCAGAACUGAAAUUGCAGACAGCCAAGAGAUUGCCGGAUCCGACACUGAUAUGGAUGAAGCAACCCUACUGGAUGCAAGACCUUCGCCGCUAAAAGCAAUGACACAGUUCAUUUCAACCGCCAACGUCACGCUCCGGCUCUCACUUUGGCAACGGCUGCGGCAAGCCUACGAGGUGAUCGACUACACGCCAAAGGUGGUUUCUUGCUAUCUACGGAGUAUUGAGAUCCUCGUUGAAGACAUGAAAAGUGCGGCUUAUGCUGAGAUGCCUGUCGAUCAAAGGAUUCUUGAGAUCGUGAAAUGGCUCCGGAUUAUUGAUGAGAUACUUGUCAGCAUCAUCAAGCUUUUUGGCAGCGAAAACGUCCUGGAGUGCAUCGACGAACCUCACAUGCGCUCAUCUCUGGCCGCAGUUGGCGAGCUUCUUUGGAUGCUGAAUACCCUCAACGUCUACGAAGAUGCCAUCCGGGCCGGAAAACUUUCGCCUCCAACCCAUGACGGUCGUCCCAAUAACGUCUUCCCCACAGUUACCGGCAGACUUCACGACACUCAGCUUCGUGGUUGGAUUUUACAGAUGCUCUUGUUUACAGACGCAAUGUCUCAAAAUGAAGAGCUAUUUCCAACUCCGAUAGAGGAGAAGUUUGAGUAUCUUCGCCACAUGCAUUACGCUUUCGGUAUUCGUGGCACCUGUUCCGCCUCUAACAAGAUCCUACUUCGCGUUAUGAAGGAUGAACUCUUGAAGAUGUUCAAAGCUGGCGAAGUGGCCGAUACUGAGACGCGCGACACUGUCUUGUGUCAGGUUCUGCACGACCUAUAUGGGUUGUUCUGCUUUACCAACCCUUCGGACAAGGCAGAAUACGCAAGUGAAAAGGACAUUCUCGAUCAGAAGACUGCCCUCAGAUUGCUGGAUUUCCUAAUGUACCAGACGCGAAAAGUCAACAUCAAAGACUUGCACAAGACUCAACUUGGUUCGACCAUCGACAUCGUUCACGGGCAUUUGGCCCGUUUCAAGCCGGCGGGUACCGAGGACCUGGCUGCAAACCGGAUGAAAUAUCUUGCUUUUAUCAAGUCUCCGCUCAACCCUCUCGACCUGUACAGAUGCAUCAACGGUAUCGGUGGGCUAUCGACGAAACCAAUUGCUGCGAAACAUGCUCGCAUAGCAGCCAAAGGCUGGCACUUCCUUAUGGGCAGUAUCGCAUUGAACCGCUUCAAAUCUCAAAUUCAAAAGCGGCAAGCACCCAUCCCGACCGAGGACAUCAAUAUAGCGUCUGCGUUCUUCGUGCAAGACCUCGAGUACGAUUCUGAGCGGUGGGAAACAUGGUACAGCCAAGCGCAAGCUUUUGACUACCAGAUUGACGAACUUGUGGCGUGGUCUGCGGAGAAGGUAAACAAGGGCGAUCCUGAGCUGAUCCAGUACCAGAGAUCUGCUAUACAUUGCUAUACUAUGGCUGUCGCGACUGCAAUCAGAAAUGCCGACGCAUCUCAAGAAACUGCCAAAAAGCUGGCCCAGCUCUAUGCCGAUUUCGGCAUGAGAAUUUAUGCCUCAUCGCGCGAGCCUCUUUCCAUGAACGCCUUUUCCCUCAAGGACACCGAAGAGCGUUUCUACAGUACAGCACAAGUCAUGAAGAGCGUGCCCUUUAUACCUUUGACGCAUUUCGCCGCUUGGAAAUUCUCCACAGGUCUGUUCAAGAGAGCUAUUGCGGGUAAUCCCAACAAUUGGAUGAACCAUUUUGUGCUCGGGAAAUGUCUUUGGAAGAUGCACUGCGCAGAAGAAAGCCAGACGCGGUUCCAGCCUCGUCCAGGAGUUCAAGAAGUUGUUGCUGCCUUUGUCCACUCGAUUGAGGAGCUUCCUGAAAAACGAGAACGCCGUGAGCCCAUACUUGAGCCGCAUUACAAACUGCUCUCAGCCGUUCAUAAGCUUGUGCAACGUAAUGAGUUGCUGCCGAAGGUAGCGAGUGAGACGCUACAGGCUUCUCACUAUGCCAGACAACUUCCAGUAUUCGCACCUGAAGAAGACCCUGAUGACCAUGAUGACUGGGAUGAUUACGUUCUGAAGGUCCUAAAGGUUAUCAGGACAGCAGACAAGUCGAACUGGCAUCACCGUAUGACAGCCCGUGCUGCGCGGAUCCAUUUCGGUGACCCAUCGCCCGAAGAUGUGUACAUGGCAGCAUUAACGGCGAAGAAUGAAUUCUCGCAAUCGGUCUUCACAAAGACCAUGCAGUUGCAAGUCUGGAAGCCGGAGUUUGAACGUCUGGGAAGGCAUUUCGUCUACACAACUCGCUACACACAAUUCUUUAUUCUUCUUCUCGACCGGACAAACGAUAGGGCUGGCAUGGAGGCCUUGGCUAGAAGGGUCCGCCGCAGGAACCACGAAUUUUUCGAGCACUCGAAGCUGUGGCAUACCCUCUGUCUCACUUACCUGAAAAUGCUCCGACGUGCCGCUCAGGUCCCCGAGGGUCACGAAGACAGUAUUUUCAAGUCGAUUAAUCACGACGAGUUCACCACUAUUGCCGGGCGGCUUGAGGAGUGGUGCCAGAGCUCGGAGAGCCAGGGGGCAACUUACGAAGUGUUACGUGAAACCCUCGAGCUUCGUCGCCUUAAUAACGGCCUGAUGAAGGCCACACUCGUCGAUGACCUAAUCUGCGACACUUACGCCCAGCUGUAUGCUCAAGUUGGGCCCACGCUCGCACCCACAGCCACCGAAGCCGCUGCAGCGGCUGCCCUUGCCCAACAACAGCCACCUACAGCACCUACAGCACCCACGCCCGUCGAAACGAACCCGGUCCGUACCAACAUGAUGUCUAUGCAGAACAUCAUGAACCUUGAGGGCAGCAGCGAGCAGACUCAACCUCAGCCGCCCACGCAGCCUGCCUUCCACGUCAUGAGUAUGGCACCACAGCAGUCCGAGCCAGCACCCAAGCCUCGCGCCAAAGGUGUCGGGCGUCGUGAGCUCAUGCGCAGAGCGGAUGCGGCGACCACACGCGUCGUAUUGCCUUCCACAUUGCCGGUUCGCGGCUCCGUGGCACCGACGAGCGAGCCACAAGUCCGUGUUACUGCGUCUUCGAAGGAUGCAGAAGGACAAGAAGAUGCUUCAGGCGCGGCUGGGACCGGGAGCGUGGAGCAGAGCGCACCGGGGUCGGUACAUGACAGCGCGGACGAUGAAAGCGAGCUCAGCGAGGUCGAUGAAGAACUUGUCGAGAACGGAGCAAAGGAGCUUGGGCCAGGGUUCCCUGGUAUUCCUGGAGCAGAUAAGGGCGUUGAGGUGGAGGCCGAUACGGAUGCGGAGGACAAGGUUGGAGAGGGAGAGCGUGGUGAUGAAGAUACCAGGAUGGAGGACUAA